GGCCGGCCAACUCGAACUGGGGCGCACUUUGGGCUGGCGGUUUGUCUCGAGAACAUUUGGAGUAAAUGGAUACCAGACUCUGCUCCCUUUGAAAUGCCGUUGAAGAGGUUGCCAGUGGCACAGUGAUGCCCGGGUCCUCCGGCGGACAUCGAGCCAUCUUUCGAAGGCGGAUCUCGACGUUUGACUGGGGCUUGGUAACAGGCUAACAGCACAAAGUCUCAACCUGGAAUUGUUCCAGAGUUCGGUCUCCAUGUCCGAGAGUCUCCGCACUGACAGGGCUUGGUUGGGUGUGCAUCAGACAUCAUCUGCUUCCCGUGUUUCGCAAAUAUGUGAUGGAAGUCAAGUGGCCUCUUCCUCGUUAACCACCACCUUGGGAGCACUCAGAGAGUGAUUUUCUACUUCGUCUGCAAGCUGGUCUAGUCCAUUUCCACCUUCGCUUUCUUCUUUUCGGCUCUACACAAUGUCUUUCGUUGCUCGAAAUGAAACUGGUCCGGUCGUUUCCCUCGUCGAAGGAACUCAGGCGGAACUGGAUCUGUUUCUGUUCCUCAACAUGUGGCCCUCGCAUUUCGGACUUCCGCUUCUCCUGGCUGUGGUUCUACUUUCGAAGCGUGUUCGCAGGCAUCCGACGCUGAUCAAUCUCUGUGUCGGAUUCGUUCUCAUUGGCAUUUUCUCGUGUCUUCUUCUCUACACGGGCCAGACGACGGGCCCCGAGCCAUCCAAGCUGCUCUGUUUGACACAAGCUUCAUUUCUCUAUGGGAUGCCUUCGUUGUCGGUGAAAUCCAUAUUGAGUGCGCCCAGUCUAACGAUGUCUUGUAGCGCGCCGUUCUUGGCUCUGAUGCUUGUGCUUCAGAUGUUCCUGUCUGUGCGCGCCGCUGCCCGGAACGUGAAACUGGAACCCAACCCUGUCCGGGAAUGGACGAUGCUUGUGGCGCCAUACAUCGCUCUGGGCCUGACCAUGAUCGCCACUGCCAUGAUCGGGGCGUCUGAUCUGAGUAGAGUGUCCCGCACUCGGCGAUUUUUCUAUUGCUCAGUAGCGUUCCCGGCAUUGUCAGGAACGAUUACUAUCGUCGCAGCAGUGCUCUUGAUGGCCACCAUCGUCCUCGAAGUUUGGACGCUGGUGAUCCUGUACAAGCUCUCGAAGAGGCAAGGAGACCGUCGAUCCGCCUUCGAGUUCAACAUGUCUGUCCGAGUCAUGGUUUUCGGGCUUUAUGUCAUCGUGGCUAUGGGCCUCAGCGUCAUGAGUGUGGCCUCGGCCGACUCUAAGAGCCCACUGCCUGAUUUGGUGAUCGCCGGCGCCGCGACAUUCAUCCUCGGCAUCUUCGGAACCCAGCGAGACAUUUUGCUGGCACUGUGUUUCUGGCGGCCUUCGCCGCCUCCACUGGAUUUCGAGAGUAGCCAGUUUCAGUCGGAGAAGUCUGCGACCUAUUUGCCAUGAGAAGAUUUGGCCGUUUAUUCGUUGUCAUUUCACCCAUUGUGUAAUCGUAGUUCGACGUUUUUGCGAAUGGAGAGGACCCUUCGAGUCGCAUACUGAAUAAUCUUGAUGCAAGUUCGAGGCAGAGGCCAUACAGCCACACAUGUACAAAUGACAUCAAUUUUGAUUCCAAUUUCUGGUUUUCCCUCUGUUCUCCGUCACCUCCAGAACGCGCCUUUCUAGAAUGGCAAGCCGUUGCUCCCCCCUCCUGCGCGCUGCGACGCGACCAAACUUCGUCCUCGGCUCCUCGCGGAACCCUAUCUCCUCUCGAUGGCUCGCAACCGCCACCGAAGCGGCCCCGAAAUCCACCCCCCCUCCCCCGCCCGCCAAGGCGUCCGCCGACCCCACCGUCUCGCGACUCGUGAACGACAUUGCGGGGCUGACGCUACUGCAGGCGUCUGACUUGGUCACACAUCUCAAGUCGCGGCUGAAUAUCCAGGAAGUCGCUAUGCCCGUGGCUUCGGCCGCCGCACCUGCUGCUGCUGCUGCCGAGGCGGAGGAGGUUGCAGAGAAACCAAAAGAGAAGACCGUGUUCAACGUUGUUCUCGACUCGUUCGACGCGGCUGCUAAGCCCAAGAUCAUCCGUGAAGUCAAGGCGCUCGUCCCGAACUUGACGUUAAUAGAGGCCAAGAAGUUUGUCGAGUCCCUGCCCAAGGUCCUCAAGGAAAAUUUGGGCAAGGAGGACGCCGAGAAGAUGAAGAAGGCCUUUGCGGACCUCGGUGCAGUGGUCAAGCUGGAUUAAUUUGACGUAGUGCAUAUCCAUCCGCGAAAUAUAUGAGUGAAG